CUGGCAAUCAGCAUUCAAUAUGGGAAAAUCUCAAACGAAAAAGAGAACGGCUAGACACAACCCUAUUAGAGUACCAGAUACGCAUCAAAAAUCAUCUAAUACGAACCACACUCAAGUUAUUCCCGUAUUGGAAAAGUUUAAAUCAGCAAAUGCAUCAGAGAGAGUAUGGGCUUGUGCAGCGACUACGAAUUUAAUAGCAAAUGAUCCAUCCACUCGUAGACUGUUACAAUCUAAGGGCGUUAUCACUUUAUUAAUUGAGAGAUUAUCGGACAAUGAACCUGACGUUAUAAAUGAAUCAACUGGUUCACUUAGAAACCUCUGUAUAGAUGGUGGCCCUGAAAUUUGUGCUGAAAUGUUCAAUAAGAACGUCUUAGCACCAUUAAAAACUCAUAUUACGAACAUUGUUUCAAUCGUCGAACGUAUCGUACAAGGUGAACAGCCGUCAGAUCAUGAUGAAAUCUCCUGGAGAAGAAUCAUUUGGACUUGGAUUGAGAAUAUUGUCACCAUCUUCUGGUGUUUAUCUGAAACCUCAAAUAAAGCUUUCAAAGCUGUAAAUGAUCUCUCAUUACCUCCAUUCUUGGUUGCGUUUUUAAAGAAGGAUCUUAGAAAAGUAACACCAUUAUCAACCACAAUAGCUGCUUCUCAGUGCUUAUUUAUCCUCUCUGAGGACAAUGCAAGCUUUAAAAAACACUUCCAUGACAACCCUGGUGAUUGUACAGCUUUAGUAGAUAUCAUCUCAGAUCCAUUCGAGAAGGCAGAUCAAGUUAAGGCGACACUCUCGAAAAUUCUUUCUUGUGGUAUCAUUCGUAACAUUUCUCCAUUACCUGCCGUCGUUCCAGCAGCUGCCGUCGCAAACGACAGCAACACAAUUCUUCCUAUCCUCUUCUCAUGCUUGAAUGCAGACUUAAAUGCACUUUCUAAUGAAAGUGAGUCAUUAGCUGCUAACUUGCCGGCAAUAACUUCCAAACAAAAUAAUAAUACGACAGAUCACAAGUCGAAUGAAGAAAAGAGAUUGGAUGAGAUUGAGCUUGUAAUGAUCACCCUUCAAAGCAGUCUUGAUGUUUUGACUGGUUAUUGCUCCCAAAUACCAGAGGGUGACUUUGAAUUGAAUGAUACAGAGGAAAAUGAAGCUGAAGAGAUGGAAGAAGAAAUGCAAGAAGAUAUUGAUGCCAUCAUUGAGGGUGACUCACAAGCUCAAGACAAUGAAAAUGAAAUGAAUGAGGUCAAACCUAUUGCAACUACAUCAAUCAUCCCAUCAUCUUUACUUACAUUGUUCAAUCCUGAAGUAGAGUUACACAAUAAGUUAAUAAAGUUAGCAUAUCCAACCUCCAUGUCACUCUUACGUUCUAGUAUAUCUGCUAUUUCACCACAUUCUCCAACGACUGCACAUCUUUCAGUCGUACACUUACGCGCUUUAGAGGCUUUACAAAACUUGCUCUUAUCUUUAGCACGUUAUGCACCAUCACCAUCUAGUCCAACUUCUGAAGAAGAAGCGGAAGCAUGGUCUUCUUUGAAGCAGCAAUUGAAUCCAACUCUCUCACAGUUGUGGGCUGGAUUAUUUGAAAUUGGACAAGCUAUCGAACCAUGUGAAGUAAACAACUUUACAAUUAGAACUCAAUCGGCUAGAUUUGGAUGUAUAGAGAAUUUAGUUGGUUGUAUGCUUGGUGUUUCUAAAGUUUUAGGAGAAGAUUUACAAUUACAAUCAUCAGAGAUUACUGCACUUAUUAAUAUGUACAAUGUCUCAACAUCAGGUGCGCUUAAAAGUAAAGUAGUUGGUACACUUGGUGGACUUGCACGUCGUCAAGAUAAAAUUGAAGAUAACAGAAUUAUCGGAAACUUCCUGAUUGACUUGCUAAAUAAAUUGCCUCAAGUUGCUUCACAAGCUACAGAUGAAUCGACGACUGCAGAAGUCGCGAUCGCAAUUCUUAAUGAAUUGUUCGAUAUUUACGCGGAUGAGAAUUCUGGAUAUGAUGUACCAGUUUUCAGGAAUGAUCAGUUCUUGAACAAACUCAGGGCAGUCGUACCCCUGGUCAGAACAUGUGCCCGCUCUGUCGAUAGAAAGUUCAAUCCUGAACUUAGAGCAACUAUUGAUGAGGCUUACCAAAACUUCCUCUCAUUUAUACGGUAUAGACAAUCAGUUGCCUAAAUUUGGUUUAAUAAUUAGUUCUAAUUCCAACACUAUUUUUAUUAUGGAUGCAUUUACAUUUACAUUUCAC